UGCAAUGUAUCGGGGAGCAUAGGUCAAAGCUGAAUAGACAGAUGCUACGGAAGCUUGAAAUAUAUAAAGGCUCUGAAGGAGCUAUGAUCUACACUCUGCCAAGAUGUCAGGAACAAUGUGGACCUCAUUUCUACUGCUCUUCUGUCUCGCGGGAGUUUCUAUCGCCAAUCAGAAUGCAUUCAAGAGUGGUACCGAGUACACGUACCGCACGAGUACAAGAGUACUCGCUGGCUUGCACCAGGUUGCGGAUCAGUACUCGGGAUUGGACGCCAAGUCUCAAUUGAAAUGUCAAUUGAAGAAUCAGGACACGUUAACCUGUCGCGUUCAGAACGCCCAGGUUGCAAAGAUUCACGCAAAGCUUCCUGGUGGAUGGGAUUCGCCGAUUCCUCAAAAGGAAUUGAACUACGAGAGAAGUUCAAUGAGCGACAAACCAUUUGAGAUUAAAUUCAAGAAUGGAGUCAUUGAUGAUCUCAUUGUCGAAAAGUCUCUACCCACCUGGGAAAUUAAUGCUGUGAAAGCCAUAGUCAGUUUGCUUCAGAUUGACAUUCAGGGAGAGAACGCCGUGAAAUCCAAGUUCAACCAGGAACCUGAAGAAGGCCAACAAACCGCAGUCUUCAAGACAAUGGAAGACACUGUUACUGGAAAAUGUGAGAUGUUAUAUGAUAUCAGUCCACUACCCGAAUACGUACUUCAGGACGCACCAGAACUGGCUCCACUGCCAAAAUUGAAGGGCGACGGAACCUUUUAUGACGUCGUUAAGGCCACCAAUUUCAGUCACUGUCAUCAAAAGAUGGGAUACCAUUUUGGUAUAACUGGAGAAUCCGACAUGGAACCUGGCUCCAAUGACAUGGGCCGUUUCCUAUCUAGAUCAUCCAUGACUCGUGCUGUUAUUUCUGGUAGUCUAAAGCAAUUCACGAUCCAGUCAUCUGUAACCACCAACAAGAUUAUCGUCAGCCCUUCUCUCCAGGAGAGUCAGAAAGGAAUGGUUGUGAGCUUGACAAACAUUACCUUGGAAUCCGUUUCACCAGCUUCCGGAAGUCCACCAUCCUUGUCGAAUCCUGAACGCACUGGUAACUUGGUUUAUGGAUACAACAACCCUUUUGAAAGUAACCGCGAAAGACGUCCGCACGAAGAUAGUUCCAGUUCAAGUUCCUCAAGCUCAUCUUCUUCGUCCUCUUCCUCUUCUUCCUCCUCCGAGGAGCAGACUCAUUCUCAUGGUAGAAAACCCAGAUCUGCCAAUGACCGCAGUAAACACAACGCCGACUCCAGUUCUAGCAGUAGCUCAAGCAGCUCGAGUAGCGAAGAAGACUAUCACCAACCAAGCCCAACUUUAGAAGAUGCUCCUGAGAACCCCUUGCUUCCCAUGUUCAUCGGCAACCGUGGCAGUUCCAUAUGGCAGUCAAAUGAAAAAAAUCCAGUCCAAGCCUCGCAGAAAAUAGCUGCACAAAUUGGCCAGGAACUUCAGAAACCAAGUGCCAUCCCUAAGGAGCUAACUCUGGACAAGUUCUCUAUGUUGGCUUCGCUGAUCAGGACAAUGAACGCUAAAGAAAUCGAACAGGCUGCACAGGCACUUUACGCACCCGUGUCUCAGAGCUCCAGCAGCAGCUCAAGUCAAUCUGCAAAGGCUUCAUCCUGGAUUGCAUUCAGAGAUGCAGUAGCUCAAGCUGGAACAGGUCCAGCUCUGGUGAACAUAAAAUCCUGGAUAGCAAGCAAGAAGGUCCAGGGUGAGGAAGCUGCCGAACUCCUAGCAGUUCUUCCCAGCACAGCUAGACACCCCACUGCAGAAUACUUGAAGGCUUUCUUUUCAAUCGCAACAAAGCCAGAAGUCACCAAACAGGCAUACUUGAAUACCACAGCAAUUUUGGCAUUUACUAACCUUGUACGCAAGGCUCAAAUCAAUAACAAUACCGCUGAGAGUCACUAUCCCGUUGACAGCUUUGGCAGAUUGUCACCAAAAAAUAAUCAAGCCGUGACUAAGGAAUGGAUACCGUAUAUCGCCAAGCAACUGAAGAACGCCAUUGAGCAAGCCGACAGUCCUAAGAUCCAGACUUAUAUUCGUGCUCUUGGCAAUAUGGGACACCCUCAGAUGCUCGCGGUUCUGGAACCUUACCUCGAAGGAGAGCACCCAGUUUCCGAUUUCCAGAGAAUGAUGAUGGUCGUUUCCAUGGAUAAACUUGCCAAGCUCUACCCGAAGGUGGCCCGUUCCGUACUCUACAAGAUUUAUCAGAAUACCGGAGAGACUCAUCAAGUACGUUCUGCAGCUGUCUUCCAGCUUAUGAGGACUAACCCCCCAGCAAGUAUGCUGCAAAGGAUGGCGGAAUUCACCAAUGAUGACACGUGUGACCAAGUCAAUGCUGCUGUCAAAUCUGCCAUUGAAUCCGCUGCCGAAUUGGAAACUUACAGCCAAACUGAACUGGCUCACAAUGCAAGAGCAGCUAAAGAUCUUCUUAACCCAAAGACCUUCGGAAUGCAAUACUCGAAGAAAUACCUUCGUGAUUACGCCAUCCAGGAAAUGAAUUUGGCAUACAAGAUGGCUGUUAGUUACAUUGGCAGCGAAGACAGUAUUGUACCCCAGGCUUUGUUUGCUAGUCUGAAUCGCAACAAGGGUGGCUUUGAAAUGCCAGCUCUAGAGUUUGGUGCUAUGGUAUCCAGUGUAGAUGAUCUCUUGGACGUUCUCUCUGAUCAGUUCGACGAUGACGAUGACGACAAUAACUCGAGACGCGAACAAGGCAAAGGAAAAUCGACGAAAUUCAGUCCAGCAUGGAUUGCCGAGACUUUGAAGAUCCAGACCGACAAUAAUGGCGAGCUGGAAGGCAACGUUCUCAUCAGCAUGCUGCAAUCGAACAGAUUCGUGGCCUUUGACAAUCAGACUAUCGAACAGUUACCAAAAAUGGCAAAGAAAGCAGCAGCAGCUUGGAAGCAAGGACAGAACUUCAACUACACUAAAUUGUACAGCGGAGUAGAAGUUACUGUUAGCUUCCCCACUGCAGCGGGAUUACCUUUUGUCUACGUCCUGAGGACACCAUCGCUGCUUCAGGUCGGUGGCGAAGCAAAGGCAAAAACUUAUCCAGAAUUAAGUUCUGGUAAUCAAAUCAAUAUUCCUCGUACCAUAAACGCUAGCGCCGAGGUUCGUUUUGUCUACUCAACAAAGAUGCAGGCACAGAUUGGAUUCGUUAAUCCACAAGAUCGUGUCUAUCACGUCGCUGGUGUCGAUAAGAACCUGCAAGUGAAUCUGCCAAUCAAGGCUAAGGUCGACUUGGACUUGGAAAAUGCUCACGUGCGAGUAAAACUUCAGCCAAUGCAAAACAAUAAGGAUUACAAUCUAUUCCACUACAGUACCUGGCCCUACACUGCAGUUGACAACAUCCUAGAUCUGAAACCAAUUGCCCAAGGCACGAAUGCACGCAGGAUCAUAUCUGAAAACCUACAUGAGAAUGAGUUCACAAUGGGAAAGUUGUCUACAGGAAUGGCAUUCAGGAUUCAGUCGAAAUUCGACAAUGAUGUGAAUCAGUUACCUUUCGCAUGGUUGGCACAGAUGAUGCAGCCUCAUGAUGCUAUUUCACCAGCAGUGUUCCCAAUGUCCCAGGAAACGAUUCAACAUAACAUCUACAAUAUGAUCUAUGACUCCAGACAAUCUAAAAAUAAUGUUUUGGUACUUACUGCAUCCUAUUCGAACGCCACCAAAGGCAUGGGUGGAGACCGGUCAUCUUCGUACAGACAUCCUUCAGGUAGACGCGGUGAUCGUAGCCAGGAGGAAGGCCUUAACGCUAAUGCGCCAGAACCAACCUCAAACGAACCUGACAGCAACUCUCGUCAGGCUGAGUUCCUAAAUUUAGCUAUUGAAGGCAUUAAGGACGCUUCCGCUUCAGUCAUGGACAUCGGUGCAGAAUUCCAAGGAGAGGACAGCGCACAGUACGCAGCCACCGUUGCCUGGGCUAGCAGUCCAGUCGAUGAUAUAAGCAGAGCACUGUUCUACUAUCACCAGAAUCCUGCACAACAGAAGAACUUUGAGGUCUGCGUGGAAGCCGAGGCUCAGAAUCCAGACGUUCCCAGUAUGAACUUCGCUAAGGCUCUUAAAGCUGAUCCUACCAGUAAAUACCAAGUGGAAUUGAAGUUUGGCGAGAGCUGCAAAUCUGGCGCCCACAUUAACAUCCAGGGUAAACUGAAGCAGAGCAAUGAACGCAGACAGUACCUGCAGAACAGACCAUUGGCCAAAGAGUGCGAGAAGCAGAUGGAGGAAGGCAACAACAUACUUCCGGCCUGUCGUAACAUGACCCAUCGUGCCCACAGCCUUGACAAGGGCUGGUUAUCCGUCGAAUUCAAUAACAUUCCCAACGCAGUCAAGAACAUGACCUGGCAAGCUUACGGUAUUGCCAGAUAUCUUGGUUACAACUAUGCCUAUGAGAACAUGAUCGAUCCUCAAGAUCAAAAGGAUGGAAAGAUCGACGUAGAAUUUGAGUUUUCACCGGAUUUGAAGCGUCUGAAUGUCAGCGUAAAUGCACCAAACAUGGAUGCUAAUGUUACUAAUGUCCCUGUAAACUCUUGGACCAGGUCAAUCAUCGUUACGGAACCCGAUAGGACCGUUGCUGAUCGUUUUGGAAGAAAAGCUCUUGCUGGCCAGUGGAAUCCUACUUGUUCUCUGGAUGAGAAUAUGGUUACGACCUUCGACAACAAGACGUAUCCCAUUGAGUUGGGAAAUUGCUGGCACGUUGUAGCAGUGACCGUCGACAACGACGACGACGACAAUGACAAUGACAAUGACAAUGACAAUGACAAUGACAGGUCCGAAGAUGUGAGCGUAGUCUGCCGUGACGUUAGCGACAAUAAGAAGCAGAAGGAAUGUCAAAUGGUGGUGGACGAUACUGUCGUUCUUAUGACACCCGGUAGCAGUUCUCCUAAUGUGAAAAUCAAUGGACGUGAAAUAAACCUUUCCCAGAACGAGAUCUACAGGCACGAGAAUGAGGAUGAAAUACAGUUUGAAGUGUACCUGCGUUCUGACAAGAGUCUAACGAUUGAAUCAGCUGGCAGGAGCUCCUACAAACUCCAGUACGACGGUUCCAGAGCCAAACUGUCCUUGGGCCAUGAAUACAAAGACGACGUACGUGGUCUCUGCGGUACUUUCACCGGGGAACCUCAGACCGACUUCACGACUCCCAAGAACUGCAUCCUGAAGAAUCCAUCCCAGUUUGCAGCUACAUAUGCCAUCACCCAAAACGAGUGCCAGGGACCCGCAAAGGAGAACGCACGCAAAGCAAACCAGGCUGAAUGUUACAAACAGGACGUUCAGUACGGAAAUGUGGUCAGCAACCGCGAGGCAGGUCGUCCUUCCAAACAGAACAACCUCUGGAAGAAGAAUCACGUCCGAUCCGAGAAGAAGAACAAGAGCCAGAGCAGCUGCACCAUCUUCCAGACUAAGAUCACCCAAGAAAACGGAGAAAUCUGCUUCUCCCUGAAACCGAUGCCAACGUGCUCAUCCUCUUGUAAGCCUAACACGCAACACGAGAAGACCGUUCAGAUGCAUUGCGUCAGUGACAACGAGCACGCCAGGAGCAUUGUCAAACGUAUUAAGAUGGGAGCCAAUCCUGACUUCAGCCAGAAAUCACACAACAAGAGUGUUAGGAUGUCCCUGCCCACGAGCUGUUCCGCGGCAUAGACUCCACGCUUGUAUUCCAGAUCUUGAUACUCCAGAUACGCAAUCUGUUUACGAUGACCGCUUGCUUUUAACGGACACCGCAUUAAUAUUGUUAUUAUUUGUAGCAGCAGUGAAGUGCAAAAGAAAAAAAAUUGUUUAAUAAAGUUUGCACUCGUAA